UUUUUUUAAAAAAUGCCAGGUGUUACAGAGGAGGAGAAUGCUGCAGAACUGCAGAAAACAAAGGCUGUACCAACUGUAAACAGACUGACAGUGGAUGUUGUGGAACUGGAAGCUCUCAGGAAGUCUGUGGAGGACUUUUUCUGCUUUUGCUAUGGUAAAGCUUUAGGAAAGUCAACAGUGGUACCUGUGCCAUAUGAGAAGAUGCAGAGGGACCGGACUGCUGUGGUGGUGCAGGGCCUGCCCAAAGGGCUUGCAUUUAAACAUCCAAUGAAUUACAAUGUUUCAACCCUGAAAUGGAUUUUGGAAAACAAGUCAAGGAUCUCAUUUAUCAUCAAAAGGCCAUUUCUGGAGCCAAAGAAGCACCUAGGAUCUCAUAUGACAGAUCCUUCACAUUCAAUUAUACCUCCAGGUGGAAGCUGUCCUAUUCAAGUGAAAAUGGAAACAAAUGAGGAUUCUGGAACUUCUUUGGAAAUGACAACAGUAAAAGUGAAGGAGGAAUCAGAUGAUGCUGACUACUAUCAAUAUAACAUUCCAGCAGGCCCUUCUGAAAGAUCAGAGAUGGAUGAAAAAAUUGCUCUUGCAAAAAGUUGCACAG